AUGGGUGCAAUCUUAAACAAGAAAAAACUGCAAAAACUAAAAGCUGAGCUAGACACCCAAAGAAAGAUAAGCCACGAACUUGAACAAAAAUUAAAGCGUCGACAAGAAGAAUAUGAAAUUUCAGAAAUUGAUCCAAACGAAAGCUUCAAAUUUAUUGUCCAUCAAGAACAAUUACGAGCACUCAGUUCAAUUCAGUGCCUUAAUCAGUACAUAGGAGUUGAAGGAAUCGAUAUUGAAAAUCUAGUUGCAAAUAUUAAAGCUCUUGACGACAUUCCUGAACCGCAAAAUAACUAUAUUAGCCUAAGAUUUGAGGAAUCAAAAAUAGAAUCCAGGGUUUGCCUUAAUCUUGCAAGACUAAUUGAAAAAGUCCAAGAGAUGAACCUGACAAAGUCCGACAUUAUUUCUGCCGAAAUAGACAAAAUUGAAGAUCUUGUAGAGGGAUACCAUAGUUUAAAAGUCAAUUUAAGUAGGAUAAGAGAAAAAGAAAGGUUAAUUGAAGAAGGAGAAGAUGAAACAGUCAGAAGUGUCUCAAUGGGACUAAAAUAUAGAUGUGACUUAGAAAAAGAAAUUGAGAUUGUACAAAGACGAUUGAAAUACCAACACUUUAAAAAGGAUUAUUUAAUUAAAGUUGAAAACAUAAAGCAUGCACAGGCAAAAUUAGACAAAACAGUAGCAGAAAAAGAAGAUCUGCAAGCCAAAUGGGACAAGAUGAAGUCAGAAGACGGGAAAAUAAUAUCUGAUCAAAUGGCAGCAAUAAAAUCCCAAAUCGAAGAUAAAGAUAAUUUAAUUGAAAUAAUGAAACUACAAAUUAUUGAGGAUGAAGAUUUUAUUGAACAGCAUACCAAGCUAGACGAAGAAAAAGAAAAAGCUCAGCUUCUUUACCAAAAAAGUGUUGAUGAAAUCCAAGAAAAGUCUUCUCAUGGAAAACAGCACAUCUUUAGAAAUGCGCUUUUACAAUCACAGCUGAAACCUUAUGAGACCUUAAAAAUUCAGCUCCAUAGUGAGCUGAGAAAUGAAACCAAGUUAAAAAAUCUCGUGAAAUAUUGGCUCCUUGUCAUUUGAUCGUUGUUUGGAGAUUUUUGGUAUGAAAUUUUACAAGGUAUUUGGCCGAUUUUUUUUCACGAUAAAAAUUUUGAUAGAAAUUAGCCUUUCUUUGCCGAAAAUGUCAUAUAAGGAAAGUUUUAACCAAAAUCUGGCACAAGGAAAAGUUUCUAUGAAAUGACUGGCAUCAGAAAUAUCUUAGACAUCUCAUUGGAAAAAGUUCAAUAGACUUAGAAUCAACUUUUAAACAAAUGGAAGAAGCUGUGGAAGAGCUGCAAAGAAAAUGUGAAGAAAUGCAGGAAAGUUAUGAAGAAAUAAGUGAGAGGCUUACUCCACUACUCUGUGAGUUAACAAAACAUCUUGAGCUCAAUGAGUUUUUAUUUAAAAAAUUUAUAUAUAAAUUUUACAAUAUUUUUUUUUUUUCGAAAAUAAUCCCAAUUUAAGAAGUAAAAAUUAAUUUAUUUUUUAAAUUGAUAUUUUAAAAUUUAGCUGUUUAAAAAUAAACAGAAUUAAUCAGAGAUUUUAUUAUAAUAGUUACACUUAUAUAUUGAAAUUUUUUUUACGCUUAAGGAGGGUUUUUACCAAAAAAUAGGGAUUUUUCCAAUGGUUUUGUUCGCUCACUGAGGGGGUUAGGAAAUUGAUACGAGCAAAGGAUAAUAAAUUCAAAAGGUGGAUUGUCAGCAGGCUUUGCUUAGUGCAGAGGAUGGGCACUGAAAACUUCUUUAGGCGCUGGAAAUGGGAAGCUUCAGAUAAAAGUGAUGAGCAGCUGCAGGAAGAAGCAUUGAAAAUUGAAAAAGAGCUUACAAAGCUAAAAACUAUAUAUAACAUUAGCACUUAA